UCUGAGUCCUCAACCCCGAGUUAGUUGGGUGACUCUCUGUGAUCUGUUCCAUCUCGUUGGGGUAUUUCUUUUCACUCCCGUCUGCACCGAACGCUUUCGUUGGGACUGUCCAUUUAGAUAUUUUUGGCAGCAGUGAGUGUUUUCCUUUCCUGUCCCAAGCUAUUCCCGUUAAUGUAAAUCCUGUUCAGUCGCUUCCAUUCGUCUUUCAAGUACGGGACAUGAGUUUUUGAUGAUGUUCCGGUUUCAGGGCAGUCGGGUUUCUUCUUGAAGAUUUUGAAGUCUUUUGCUUUUCCGGGUUUCAGUGAGUGGAGGGGAUGGGUACGAGUGAGAUUAAGUCACCCGAGAGUGUGGUCGGGACACCGGCAGCAAGCGUGAACUCAACUGCAAAUCCCGAGCCGUUCAGGAGGAAGAAGCUCAAAGUGUUCUUCAUCGAGUCUGAUGACAGGAGAACAGCUUUCGGGCGUGGUUAUACUGGUGGAACUACUCCUGUCAACAUAAAUGGCAAGCCCAUCCCUGAUCUAUCUAAAACCGGUGGAUGGAUUGCUGCCUUGUUUAUUUUCGGGAAUGAAAUGGCAGAGAGAUUGGCUUAUUUCGGCCUCUCGGUUAACAUGGUCGUCUUCAUGUUCUACGUCAUGCACAAGCCCUUCUCGAGUUCGUCUAAUGCGGUCAACAAUUUCCUCGGGAUUUCACAGGCAUCAUCUGUCUUUGGAGGUUUCCUAGCCGAUGCAUAUCUCGGUCGAUAUUGGACAAUAGCCAUCUUCACUACCAUCUAUCUUGCUGGAUUAACGGGCAUAACUUUAUGUGCGACAAUGGACAUAUUCAUGCCGAAUCAGAAGCAAUGCGAUCAGCUCUCUCUUCUGCUUGGUAAUUGUGAGCCUGCGAAGCCGUGGCAGAUGGUCUACCUCUAUACCGUCCUCUACAUCACCGCAUUCGGAGCUGCAGGCAUAAGGCCCUGUGUCUCUUCCUUUGGGGCAGAUCAGUUUGAUGAGAGGAGCAAAGAAUACAAGUCCCACCUGGACAGAUUUUUCAACUUCUUCUACCUCUCGGUGACUAUAGGGGCGAUUGUGGCCUUCACUCUUGUGGUUUACAUACAGAUGAAACACGGGUGGGGGUCUGCAUUCGGUUCUCUAGCCAUAGCAAUGGCCAUAUCAAACCUGCUGUUCUUUUUCGGGACUCCUCUAUAUAGGCAUAGAUUGCCCGGAGGAAGUCCAUUGACAAGGGUUGCACAGGUCCUAGCGGCAGCCUUUCGGAAGAGGAAAGCUGCUUUCUCGAGCAGCGAGUUGAUUGGCCUCUACGAAGUUGAGGGGAAGCAGUCCGCAAUAAAAGGAAGUGGAAAGAUUGCUCACACAGAUGAUUUCAGGUGUUUGGACAAGGCGGCUCUACAGCUGAAGGAAGACGGCCCGAACCCGAGUCCAUGGAGGCUGUGCACUGUGACCCAAGUCGAGGAAGUGAAAAUCCUCCUGAAACUCAUUCCGGUCCCUGCCUGCACGAUAAUGCUAAAUGUGGUCUUGACAGAAUACCUGACCCUCUCGGUCCAGCAGGCUUACACGAUGAACACCUACAUGGGUCAUUUAAAGCUCCCUGUGACCUGCAUGCCCGUGUUCCCAGGCCUUAGCAUAUUCCUCAUACUGUCUCUGUACUACUCGGUAUUCGUCCCACUGUCCCGACGGGUAACCGGCCAUCCUCAUGGCGCAUCUCAGCUCCAGAGGGUGGGAAUAGGUCUCGCUGUCUCGAUCAUUUCCACUGGGUGGGCUGCGAUUUUUGAGUUUUUCAGGAGGAACUAUGCGAUAAAGCAUGGGUAUGAGGUAACCUUCCUGACCCCGAUGCCCAGGCUCAGUGCCUACUGGUUGUUGACCCAAUACUGCCUCAUCGGGAUAGCAGAAGUGUUCUGCAUCGUGGGGCUGUUGGAGUUUCUCUAUGAAGAGGCUCCCGAUGCAAUGAAGAGCAUAGGAUCGGCAUAUGCGGCUCUGGCCGGUGGGUUAGGGUGCUUCGGGGCUUCUAUUCUCAACAGUAUCAUUAAGUCAGUCACCGGGAAUGACAAGGAAGGGCGGCCUUCCUGGCUUUCCCAGAACAUAAACACGGGACGGUUCGACUAUUUCUACUGGUUGCUUACGGUCAUGAGCUUCAUCAACUUCUGUGCCUUCGUGUUCCUAGCACGUCGGUAUAAUUACAGAGCAAAUCAAAAGACCGCCACAGGGGAACAAGCCGUGAAAACCAAGACGGGCACCCCUGCCUAGCUGACAAGAGAUAGUAUCUCAUUCGAUGGGGAUCGAACCUCUUACGGAACAUUUCGGUCUUAUAGACUAUUGGUUCUUCAGAAAAGUUCCAGAUAUAAUGUCAGAUUUCGCAUCAUUUCGACAUUUUAUUUUCCUAGAAGGAUAUAUGAUAUCAUGAACUUCGAAGAAAAUUGUAAUAGAGCAUUAGCAAAAGUCGUAAUUGUGUAUGCUAGUUCGGGAACUGUCAAGGUUUUCCAGAGUUUCUUCCCAUUCUUAUCAAUCAAUCAGCUUAUGUCCAUUUGAUCA